AUGCGGCUUGCAGGCCCAGGCGCUCUAUUAGCCUUGUGCACCGGCCUUUGGCUCUCGAACCUCGGGCCGGCCGUGGGCCAGGAGGUUGGGGGUCAGCCGGGGCCCGACUGUGAAGUUUGUACAGAAUUCUUGGGCAGAUUCUACAACUCCUUGAGAGCCAGAGAGAUCGACUUUGCUCUGGACAUCAUUGAAAAAGAGUUGAUCAGCUUUUGCUUGGAUGCCAAAGGGAAAGAGAACCGCCUGUGCUAUUAUCUUGGAGCCACUCCCGACGCUGCCACCAAGAUCCUGGGUGAGGUGACACGACCCAUGAGUGUGCACAUGCCAGCCAGGAAGAUUUGUGAGAAGCUCAAGAAGAUGGACAGUCAGAUCUGUGAGCUGAGAUACGAAAGGAAGUUGGACUUGACCUCGGUGGACUUGCUGAAGAUGAGAGUGGCUGAGCUGAAGCAGAUUCUGUACCGCUGGGGAGAGGAGUGCAAGGCCUGUGUAGAGAAGUCUGACUAUGUGGCACUCAUCAAGGAACUGGCUCCCAAACAUGCAGCGGUGACCCCCCAGACAGAGCUCUGA